AUGCUGGCGCUGAGUAAGUUGGCGGUAUUCGAGGAUAUGGAGGUGAAGCGGUUCUGCGCGGCUGCGAUCUUGAACCUUUUGUGCGAGUCCGUACUUGGCACGAAAAUGGCAGACGAAGGUGUGUUACUAGCGUCUCUGGAGCUAGCCAAAGCGCAAAACGAAGAAGUACGGCGUCACACGAGUAUGGCGUUGUGUCGCUUCUCCUACGAACGUGCAGGCCAGCUCCGUCUUGUACAGGAAGGCUGCGUGUCUGCUAUUGUCUCGAUGCUCAACGUCCCCGACUUGGAGACCAAAGAAGCUUGUGUCAAAGCACUCAUCAACAUCGCGUCGUCGUCUAGCACCACAGUGGCCGAGAGCGUCGUCCACGUGCUCAUGAAGCUUGCUACGCGUAAGGACCAAGCCAGCGCAAAGUUCGCAGCAGAAGCCAUCUGCAACCUGUCGCUAUUGAGUGGAUCUCGGGCCAAGGUAGUGGAGGAAGGAAUCCUCGAUACAGUGUGUGAGUUAGCUCAGCAAGCGUGCGUCGCUGCCGGAGCUGACGAGGCGGAAGACGGAGGUGACGUCGGAACUAUACGCAAGUAUUUGGCUACUGCUCUGUGUAAUUUAUCGGGUCUUUCGGGGAACUUAGAGCCCUUGAGUCACGGACGUAUCCUCGAGUGUCUAGGAGAGCUUCUCAAAUGCGAGAAACCUCGAGAAGUGCGCGAAAUGUGCGCAGUUACUAUCGCCAAUAUCUCGUCAUACCCGCCGUCGCUCAAGAACUUGGCGCUCAGUGACGCGGUAGCGAAUCUCGUCGAGAUCGGAGCGCAUCAUUCCAGUACUUCAGUGCGUGAGAAUACGGCGCUGUGUCUGUCCAACAUGUCCGCUACAGCCGACAGUCGAGCGUUAUUGGCGCGCUUUGGCGUCGUGUCCUUGUUACUCCGCUUCGUGGAAGAAGACGAAGAUACGGAUGCCGGCGCCAGUGCCUUGGCUCAACAGUUCGCUGUGCUUACACUGUGUAGCAUGUUAGCACAUCCAGCGGCGUGUGUGGAGAUUCUACAGAGCAACAUGCCUGCAGCUAUUGCUAGACUGGCGAUACGCACCCCACACGACCGUGUUCGAGACUUGUGUGCCAACGCUCUGUUCAACGUAUCGUGCGAAAAGAGUCAACAUGGUGUUCUGCUUCAAGACGACACGAUCCGCUCCAUCGUCCGUCUCUGUAGGCGACAGGGAGAAGCGGACGAUGAAGCGUCUGGAGCAUCCGGACCCACGCCGUCCACGCCUGCCACUGCAGGACCACCGACAGUUCUCCUCCGGUACCAGGAGUGUGCGUUAGGUUGUCUCCUCAACCUCUCGUUCGCGUCGGACAGCAGAGCGGCUUUGUUACGUGCGAACGUGGUAGCAACGCUGGCCAGAGUCUUCAACAAACCGCCAGUUAAAGCCGAUGAGUUGCUGCGUCAAUGUGCUGGAGUUCUGGCAAACUUAUCCUUUGAUGCUGAAGCACGCGCACGUAUGGUGGCGGACAACGGCGUUCGCUUAAUCCGCCGUAUCAUGAGUGCCGCGAUGUCCUCAGCGGCAGCUGCAGCGUCUUCGGACGUCCCGGUGAGCGCGUCCGCCGUCGCGAUAAUCCGUGAGACACUACGAUGCUGUUCUACAGCCUGUUGCAACCUUGCAGCGGACGCUCUGGAGAAGACGCCAGUGCUGGAUAUGCUCAUCGACUUGUCGGCGUCUUCGUAUGGUCCCACAACGCUAACGUGUGCGAUAGCGUUCGCUAAACUGGCAUCUAGCGCGACACAUCGCGGUUUGCUUACACGCUGUGCCGAGUUGUAUCCGGCACUGACUUUAAUGAUGCGCUGCGGCGUGGAGGAUAUCCAGAUCUACUCAGCUGUAGCCUUGUGCAGCUUGGCUGUAGAGCCGCCAGCUGCUAAGCCGGUGGGCGUACGAUACGUGUGGAAGGAAGGCACCGUGCCUGACUUCAUUGUGAACGCGCUGCUGCGGAUCAACAGCGACUCCACCAAGGAGAUCUGCGCUCGUGCACUGUUCAAUUUGCUCACGCACGACGAGUUACGCGCCGCUCAUAUUAAAGACGGUGUGCUGUACGCUCUGGUGAAGCUGGCGCGGCUAGAGAGCGUAGAGAUCCGUACCCUGUGCGUCACAGCUCUGUAUAAUCUCAGCUGUGACCCGGCACUCGCAGAGACGUUGAUGGAACUUAAGGUCGCUCAGGUGAUUACUAAGCUCUGCGAGAUGGAGUUCAGUAGCCAAGAGAUUCAUCGCAAACUAGCUGCGUGUCUGACCAACUUGGCUUCAGAGCCCAAGCCUCCGUCCGCGAGGCUGGUUGAGAGCGGUGCGCUCGUGGCUUUGCUGGUACUAUGCGAGCACGCCGACCCACCCACUCGACACGCUUGUGCCGCAGCGCUCUGCUUUCUAUCGGCUUACAGAGUCAACUGCGAAGCUAUGGCUACACUUGGACUAGUGGAUGUACUCACGAAGAAGCUGCUGCUUGCUCCAGUCGACGCAGGAUCUGAGAGUUCUGACGUGGAGCUGGAGCAGCGUCAACAACACGAGUACGCACUCAAUGCGCUGUGCAACAUUUCGUGCUAUCCAGCUCUACACGACCGCAUGGAAGAGGCUGGAGCUGUGUCUCAAACUGUCCGUGUUCUUGCAUCAAGCUCAAGCGUAGACGAAAAUGACGAAGCGAUGGUGUUGGCAUGUGUACAGACACUAGCUAACUUGACUUUCCACGCGCGCCACCGGCGUGCGCUGCUCACUCACGGAUUGGUCCCGACGCUGCUGUGUCGACCUCAAUCGCUACGAAACGCACGUGUAGGUGACGUAUGCGCUGAGAUGAUCGCCGUCUUGUGUGAAGACUCGCUGCAUUGGCACGAGCUCAUCGCCACCGGUGCUGUCCGAGUCCUACGAGAGAUCAUUCACGUCUUUGAUAACUCGUCUCCUGUGUCUCCAACUGCUCUCCGUGCUUCUAUCUACGCUUUGAGUCAACUUGCUCGCUGUGAGAAGACUGGAGAGACUGUGAUAGCGGAUGGAGCUAUCGACGUGGUGGCGUACGCACUCGAUCUCAGAGACGAUGCCGGCAUUGAAGCGCGUCAAGAGAUGGCAGAGCGCUGUGCUAUUAUUCUCCGUGCAUUAUCAACUCAAGGGGAGCCUGUUUGCCUCGCGCUCAUGCGUAAUGUACGCCUCGUACCGCUGCUUAGCACCAUCGUGACCACGUGCUGCCCCGGUCGGCGACAGAUCCAGGCUAGUAAACACGUUAUCCUAGCCCUCUACAACCUUACUUCCUGUCGUGUUAGUGCGGAUGACACUGAAGUGGAGAGCGCAGAAAGCGAAGGUAUGCGCGGGUUAGACGCCAUGGUGAUCAGUGGCGUCGUGUCAUUGCUCAUUCGCCUCUCUACGGGUGGUGGAAGUGACAUGGCGCCGGCAUGUGCCGUAGCUCUGGCUCAUGUUAAGCAUCGUAUCAAGGAGCGACUUGCGAUGAUCCAAGCACACGAAAGUGAAGGCUCUGAUCUCCCAAAUCGAAGAAAGUUUGAAGAGAUGGACAACUUAAUGGAGGUCGGCGUAGUGACGGCGUUGCUGGCCAUGUUCGAACUGGACCCAGCCGGCAUACAACGCGUCGACCGGCUAGCCGCCGCGAUGCCACCGGCACUCCCCGUCCUACGUCCUGCAACAGAAAAAGACUGGGUUUUUCUACCGGGCAACACGUUGCGAUACGAGACGCCAUUACCUGUCUGCUGGGACUUUCGCAGCUCGGCUAUCGACGAUGCACGGUUCGUGCCAGCAGAGCCGCGAUCGUUCCUGUCCGUGCUCGCGCCGGUUGUGCCGGCGUCCGGCGCUACCAUUCAAGACAAAUUGUUUGGCCGCUUCCAGAUCCUUAAAUUACGUCCGAAUAAAUGUGUGCUACGUCUCGAGAACUCGCGCUUUGCCAAGAUGGCAACGGCUCUAAUGGGUCAAUCUGGGUCAGCUAGAAGCAGUGCCAGUGAUCUGUCGGACGCCAUCGCUAUUGCGAUAGGAGACGAACAUGGAGACGAAGACUCGACUCACUCCAAAGCCAACAGUGCCAGGAACAGGUCGAUAACAGGAGCAACAGUCGAAGACGAAAGCGAGACGAGGAUGCCGUCGCCCGUGAGGAAGAAGCCAACGGGGCGACAGCUGAUGGCGAUGGCUCGAUCUUAUAGUAGUCGAGGCAGUGCCGCCUUCAACAUCAGCUCUAACACUGACAGCUCGGCCAGACGAGUGUCUAAACCUUCCACGACCACACGUCGUCCGAGCCGGAAUUUGAGCCAUGAGAGCCACAAUUCGUCCAUGACCAGGAUGCCUUGGCAUUAA